GCGUGGGAUCAAAGGUCAGGGUAGGAGAGCUGGGCAGGGCAGGAGUUGGGGCCAGAGCCCAGGACAGUGUCAAAGUGGACACGUCGUGCACAACAGCCAGGAGCCUGACCAGGACCAUGGCACCCCCGAUCUGGGCCUGCCUGCUGCUCGGCCUCUCCGUCCUCCCGAGCUCCUGCUUAUCGGAGCCGGGCUGGGAUGCCUUUAAGGAGGAGCAGAAACAGGAGAAAGUGUCCCUGCUUCUCCUCCUCAGGACAGCCAACCAGGAGUCAGACAGGAUUCAGACAGCUCCCCUCACGGAGCCACCAGCAAACCCUGGGGCUUUGAACUUUCCCACUGACACCCAGGAGCAUCCCAGGAGAGCAGAUUCCUUCGGCGCUGGGGCUCCAAUGGGUGGCCCCCAACAGCAGCUGGACAGCUGCCUGGAGCCCUCGGGGGAGGCUGGCCAGAGAGAAGAGGCUGACUGCAAGGAGACGCCCUCAGCAGAGCAGAGCCACAAACUGGCGGAGGCCAUGAUGGAGUUCACUUUAGACCUGUUCACCAAAGUCCUGCAGAAAUCCACCAGCCCCAACGUGGUCCUCUCGCCCCUCAGUGUUGCUCUAGCGUUGUAUCAUCUCGAGCUAGGAGCCAGGACCAAGACGGUCCAACAACUGCAAAGGGUCCUGCGUGUGGAAUCCGUGUCCUGCCUGCACCAUACACUCAGUGGUAUCCGCCGGGAGUUGGGUAGCACAGCUCUUCGAAUGGCCGCCAGGAUGUACCUGAAAAAAGGGUUUGCAGUCAAGCAGGAAUUCCUGGAGCAGUCGGAGAGAUUUUUUGAUGCAAAGCCUGCCUUCCUAAAAGGAAACGAGAAGGAGGAUCUUCAGAUCAUCAACCAAUGGGUGAAGGAGGCCACAGAGGGGAAGAUUGAAAACUUCCUGUCCGAGGUCCCCGAAAACACAGUGAUGCUCCUGCUUAAUGCUGUGUAUUUUCAGGGUUUCUGGAAGACCAAGUUUGAUCCCAGCCUGACCAAGACGGAUGUUUUUCAUCUGGAUGAGAAGUAUGUGGUCCCUGUGGUAAUGAUGAAGGCCAAGAAAUACCCUCUACGCUGGUUCUUGUUGGAACAAGCAGAUGUGCUGGUGGCUCAGUUCCCCUUCAAGAACAACAUGAGCUUUGUGGCCGUGAUCCCCACCCAGUUUGAUUGGAACGCCUCCCAGGUGCUGGGCAACCUGAGCGGAGCUGCCUUGCAUCAGCCUUUCAUGAAGGAGAGGCCCACAGAAGUAAUGAUACCCAAGCUGCACCUGGACCACCAGAUGGACCUGGUCUCCACCCUUGGCCAGCUGGGCCUCCAGGAGCUGUUCCAUAACCCGGACCUGCGCGGAAUCUCCGAGCAGAGCCUGGUGGUGUCCGGCGUCCAGCACCGGGCCACCCUCGAGCUGGACGAGGCCGGGGUGGAAGCCUCCGCUGUCACCAGCGCCGUCAUGUCCCGCAUGUCCCACUUCUCCAUCAACUUGAACCGGCCCUUUCUCUUCUUCAUCUUCGAUGACGACACCCGCCUUCCGCUCUUCGUGGGCAGCGUCAAAAACCCCAACCCCGGCGGGCAGAAGGAGAUCAAGGAACAGCGGGAUGCCCCGGACAAUAAGGAUUUCCUCCCGGGACAGAAAUACUUCUAUGUGAAAGACAAGUUCUUUGGGCCCAACUUGAAGUUCUCUCCCCCCAAGGAGGAGUAUGACUAUCCUGAAGUCCAGAACCCCAAGUGAAAGCAGAGCUGAUGGCAACAUCACGGUGAAAUCCCAAACAGAGGAGACCUUCAUCGACCUAGUGGGAUGUUCUCCCAGCCCCACAGCAGUCCAGGCCUGACUCCCUUCACCCCGCCUCCCCUACAUCCCCAAGGCACCAGAAUGGCUCUCUUUCUUUCCUCUGAGUACCGCUUGUAGUGGGCAGGGAGGGUGGCUGGAGGUUUGUUUUGUAAAGUUUUUCUAGUGAUUUUUAUGUCAUCUGAAUAAUAAAGAAUGAAUUGGCCAGGA